AAACGACAGGCCGUGUUCUGAUGCAACGUGGAGUUGUUUAUUAUUUUUUACCUCCCUGCUUAUGUGGCUGUAGUCCGGCAACGACAUUUUACCUCGAUUGACUUCGGGGUGUUAACAUAUAGGAAGAAAUGGGGAAGCCAAAGAAAAAGAGUGACGCCAGUCGAGCAGAGCUGAUGAUGAUGACCAUUGCUGAUGUCAUCAAACAGCUAGUUGAAGCUCAUGAGGAGGGAAAAGACAUUAACCUCAACAAAGUGAAAACAAAGACCUCAGCUAAAUACGGCCUUGAGGCUCAGCCUCGUUUGGUGGAUAUUAUUGCUGCCGUUCCGCCGCAAUACCGCCAUGCUCUUGUGCCCAAACUGAAGGCCAAACCCAUCCGCACUGCUAGUGGGAUUGCAGUGGUCGCUGUGAUGUGCAAGCCGCAUCGAUGUCCGCACAUCAGCUUUACCGGCAACAUUUGUGUGUACUGUCCUGGUGGGCCUGACUCAGACUUUGAAUACUCCACACAGUCGUAUACUGGAUAUGAGCCAACGUCAAUGAGAGCAAUCAGAGCACGAUAUGACCCCUACCUUCAGACCAGGCAUCGUGUGGAUCAGCUGAAGCAGCUGGGCCACAGCGUGGAUAAGGUGGAAUUCAUCGUAAUGGGCGGGACAUUCAUGGCUCUGUCUGAAGAGUACAGAGAUUACUUCAUUAGGAAUCUUCACGACGCUCUGUCUGGACACACUUCAAACAAUGUGGCGGAGGCUGUCAGGUACUCGGAGCGCAGUAACACAAAGUGUGUGGGAAUCACCAUCGAAACACGGCCUGACUACUGCCUGAAGCGACACCUCAGUGACAUGCUGGGCUAUGGCUGCACACGACUGGAGAUCGGAGUCCAGAGCGUGUAUGAAGACGUGGCCAGAGACACUAACAGGGGCCACACGGUGCGAGCCGUAUGCGAGUCCUUCCACCUGGCAAAAGAUGCCGGCUUCAAAGUGGUGGCCCACAUGAUGCCAGACCUGCCCAACGUCGGCAUAGAGAGAGAUGUGGAGCAGUUUAUUGAGUUUUUUGAAAACCCAGCUUUCAGGCCCGAUGGUUUGAAGCUAUACCCAACUCUGGUGAUCCGGGGAACAGGUCUGUAUGAGCUAUGGAAAACUGGCCGUUACAAGAGCUACACACCCAGCACUCUGGUUGACCUGGUGGCCCGAAUCCUGGCGCUGGUGCCACCCUGGACUCGGGUUUACCGCGUGCAGAGGGACAUCCCCAUGCCAUUGGUGAGCUCCGGGGUGGAACAUGGCAACCUGCGAGAACUGGCUCUAGCCAGGAUGAAGGACAUGGGCACUGAGUGUCGAGAUGUGAGGACCAGAGAAGUGGGCAUUCAGGAAAUCCACCACAAAGUUCGACCCUACCAGGUGGAGCUGGUGCGGCGGGACUACGUGGCCAACGGUUCCUGGGAAACCUUCCUCUCCUACGAGGAUCCGGAGCAGGACAUCCUCAUCGGCCUGCUGCGUCUGCGCCGCUGCUCCCCGCAGUCGUUCCGCCCCGAGCUGAAAGGGGGUGUGUCCAUCGUGCGUGAGCUGCACGUAUACGGCAGCGUGGUCCCCGUCAGCAGCCGGGACCCCAGCAAGUUCCAACAUCAGGGCUUUGGAAUGAUGUUAAUGGAAGAAGCAGAAAGAAUUUCCAGGGAUGAACAUGGCUCCUACAAAUUGGCCGUCAUUUCAGGUGUAGGUACAAGGAACUACUACAAGAAGAUGGGCUAUGAGUUGGAAGGACCUUACAUGGUGAAGCAUCUGGAUUGACCCAGAUUGGACUUAAACCUGGACAUUUCUUUUUGUUUGCAGGACACAAGAGUAUUUUUAUUUUAUUGCAUCAUGAUUCUCCCGUGUUUUUUUUGUUUUUGUUUUUUAAACGAGAACUCUGCUGGGGCUUUCCAUCUGUUGAGAAUGAGACAGGCCUCCCAAACUCAAACUUAGUCCAAUGGACCCCUUUUUUAGUCGAAAACCUGUCUACGUCGACCAGCUCAUCAAGUCUCGUUCUUAUAAUUACUAAAAAAGUGUCCGCUUAAGUUAAUGUUGGCAUAAUAUUUGAGACCCAAAGCAGUCAUUUGUAUGAAAAAUCAGCCCGUUUAUGUGGAUGUGUUGUAGCAACAAGCUGCUGUAGUUUGAAAAAUCCUUUAUUAUCGCCCAUUCACCUUAUAUCUUGGCCAAAGGCACAAGUAAAUUCUCCAACAAUGGCUAGUUUCGUUUAUGUCAACAUAGACUUAAACGGGUUUCACUGUGUACAGUUAGUAUACAUUGAAUACAGACUAGGUUUUAAUGGGAAAAUAUGGACAAAUGACUUCAAAAAACAUUAAAUUAUACCAAAAGUGGUUAUUAGUGCUAAGCAGGAGGGAUUACCUGGCAUUUGUUAUGUAAUGGUACAAUUUAUAGGACAAGAAAUUGGAUUAUUAUUGGAUUAUUAUUAAAUCCAAUUUCUUGUAUGUUUGUCAUGCGUAUUGGUAUAAAAGUGUUUUUAUUUCUGAAGAAUAAAGUAUCUGUUUGGGCUAUAGUGACCUGAUGCGUUUGUAGACAUGUGGAAACAGCAAAAACAAAGUUCAUUCACCUCUAGAUAAUUUCUUCCACCCCAAUGUCAAGAUGUCAGCCCCUGCAGGGAACCCCUACCGAUUGCCCCAUCAGUGUGUUUUAGUGGCGCAUAUGACACAGACUGUGCAAUUACAACUCCAUCAGUUUUCUGUCUAUCGAACAUUGAGCGAGUGCUGUGUCGAGUCACAUUUCCCGGUAAGGCUUUGUCAUGUGAGAAAUAAAGCGCAAUAAAGCACAAAUUCCUCAGACAUCGACCUACUACAGUACAGGUCCUGAGUGAAGGUGGCGGGAUGGGGGUGGUUAUGCUUGACUGAAGCAGAACAGCCAAUGCGUAAUUUCCUGCAAGCGCCGCCCGCGUCGUGACUGCUGUUGCAGUCCUGACGCAUCGCGGUAUCGGCCGCAUUCGCGCUUGCUGGCGAUCAGUUGUGAUAUCUGAAAAGGACUUUCCGUCCUACCCCUUCCGGACUUGCUGAGGCUGUGAAUUCAGUGGCACUUUGGUUUAAUCUUCACUGCAACAUGAGCAAAAGACGAGUCUUGUUUCUGUGCUUUGAGAGGUGGGGUAAUAAGGACCCUGAUUCAACACAGCAGGGGGCCAUUUUGAUAUUAAUUAUUAACUAAUCCAAACAUAGAUAUGCUAAUAAGUUAUGUAACUUUUUUUUUUUUUUUUUUAGAGUUGUAGGCGACAAAGCUAAUUUGUUAAGGUGUCACGAGACACCCAACUCACAACACGAUACACAAGAUCGGGUCGACGAGACGAGUUUUUAACAUAAAUUUUAAGAAAAGUACAGUGAAGAAAUAUGACUGAACUCACUUUUUUAUUUAACCGCUUCACAAAACAAUGCAGGGAAAUUUUUAUAUGUUUAUUGCCAAACGAUACUGUCACAUUUUUUUGAGAAAAUCACAAAUAUGACAAUAUGUAAUUAUAAAUAAUAAUAAUAAUGCAAUAUUUCCUUAAAUAUGUCAUCUUUCACUCUGUAAAGUUGUGGAAUUGCCAUUUGUGACAUAUAACAUGUAACACAGGCAAUUCUUACUGUCUGUCAAACGUUUGCAGCAUUUCUUGAAAUGCUGGAUCUUCAACUGUAUUAAAGAGCAGCAUUUCUUUUGU